AUGAUUCUUCAUAUGCCAAUUUUCUACAAUUGGCUCAUCUGGUACAAGAAUCAUCAUGCCCCACAGGGUCACGUUUGCAAACUAGGCUCAUCCGAUGAUGAUCCUAUGGAAUGCCAAGUUUGCCAACUUGCUGAGAUUUUUCAGGGUUACUGGGCAGGUGAAACUGAUGAAACUGACUGGAUGUCCACCUUUGACUCCCUAACAAAAUCCCUCUUGCAUAGUUGGAAACCAGCUGGUACAGACUCGGAACAAGACCCGGUAGAGUACUUUGGGGUGCUUUACAAUGCGAUCAAAGAAAGCACCAAGCUUAUGAUGAGAGGAGACUUGGAAGAGAUGUUUGAGGUCGAAAUCAUCACCGUAAAGAAGUGCGCUGGGGAAAAUCCCUGUGUCCCAAAUUACACCUCAAACGCGCAACCGGUUAUGAUGAUCCACUUAUCCGGAGAAGAGGACGAUGAACUCCCUAAGAAUCCUACUUUGAGCGAUGUAAUCCAACGGCAUUUUGACCAUGAAGACUAUUGGGAUGAGUGUGGGAAAUGUGGAGGCACCAUGACUGCCACAGACCAAAUUGGAAGUUUUCCUGAGCUUCUCUUGGUCCAACUCAACCGCGUCGAUCAGACUGGAAACAAGAUCACCACUAAAGUAUCUCUGAGUGAGCAGUUAAAUAUCGAGACACGGUUCAUCGAUGAACGCUGGGGCAACAAACGGAAAGUCAUACAAUAUAAGUUGAGCUCCGUGGUCUUGCAUCAUGGAGAGCAGACAACAUUCGGUCAUUACAGCGUCGGUCUCAAAGGCAAAGGGGAUAAAUGGACCAUAGCGAGUGACUCUGCCGUCAGGGACUGGAUCCCCGAAGGGCCUCAAGGUGACCUGAAACACCUCAGCACCGGCUAUCUCUUCACAUACCGCCGGUUACCUAUAAACGACAUACAGACAACCGGAACAAAGAGAAUCCCAAACCCCGAACCCAUGGAAAUCGACUCCGGUUUGUUCGCGGACUCUGAUUUUAGACACGACGUCAAAUGUCUAGAGCAGUUACUAGAUGCGAUGAUUCCCAAGGCUAUCGAUACAUAUAUAUCUCGGACGGCAGAUCUGAGGCGCAAGGAGUUUGAGAAAUGGGCGAAUGAAUGGGAGAAAGGGAAAGUCCAAGGGAAAGAUCAAGGGACUGAUGAGGAAAUAGUCAACUGGACUAAAGAACGGGGACGACUUGAGAUAACUUUGACUAGAGAUAAAGGCAAAGGAUCCAAAUUGUUGGAUCUUGAAGUUCAAGGAAUGCACUUCAAUAGACUUCAGAAAAAUAAACGACCAAGGGAGGAAGAGGAAGAAGUUGAAAAAAUAGUUGAAAAAGAAGUUGAAAAAGAAAAGACAUUUGGUAGAAUGAUGAGAAAAGUGAAAGGCAAAGCGAAGGAAUAUGAAGGGAAUGUAAAGAAGAAGAUGAAGACAUAA